AUGGCUCACCACUGCCACACCCCCAUCCACCGCCACCCAACCAACGCCUGGCAAGCCGGCCUCUGCGAACCAGGCAAAGGCGGCCUCUGCCCCCGCUCCUGCUUCAUCGGCUUUGACCAGUUCGGCAGAAACAACUACCGCCUCAACCGCGCAGCCCACAAUGACGACCCCCUCGACAUGAAGAAAUACAAAGGCUGCAACGAGAAAUGCUGGAACUGCUGCCUCCUCUGCACCUUCACCCUCAGCAUCGGCAGCGGAGUCUACGUAGGCAAACAAACCCACCACAUCCGCAAAACCUACGGCAUCCAAGGCAAAUACUCUGACGACAUUGCCCAAGGCAUCUUUUGCCAGCCGUGCUCGCUGAUCAGGAACGAGUUGGAGGUCAAGAAGAGGGAGGAGCUGAGGGAUAGGGUUAUUAUGAUGCAGCAGACUGGGCCGGUGCCGAUAGGGGAGGGGCCGGAGGGGUUUAGAGCUUUGUAUACCAUGGCACCGGUUAUGCAAGGGUAUAGGGCUGAGCCGAGGAUGAGUGCUUCUCAUUCUCAUGUUGAUGAAGAGAGGGGGGAGAACGGGCAGAGGGAGGUGGCGCUUUUUCCAAGGGAGCAGUUGCCUGAGAUUCCGAAUGUGGGGAGUCCAUUGGAUCCGUUUGCGAGGAGGAAUGAGGCUUUGACGCCGAUAACUGAGAGGGAUAGUACGGAGGAGGGUGGGAGAUGUAGAGGGGGGGAGAAUGAGGAGGGGGAGUUGAGGUUUUGGUUGCAGAAGGGGAGGGAUGAGAAGGGGGAGAGGUUUUGUGCUUGUGAGUCGAAGAAGGGGAGGAAGGGAAAGAGGGGGAAGAGGGGGGGGUCGACGCUGCCUGGGAAGGGUCAUGCUGUCUGUGGUAAUUGUGGGGAGAAGAAAAAGGUGAUUGUUUUGCCGGUGGAAGAGGGGCUCGAGCAGGCGACACAGCUGGUUCAAGAGGCUACGAAUAUUUUGGCGGGGAUGGACAGGAACUCACCUAACCGGGGGGUGUUGCAGAUUCAGCCCGGGGAAGUGUUUGUUUCUGAACCGGAGACGCCGGCGAGGUUGAGGAGGGCUACUGUGACGGAUCAUGGCAUCAGUGCUGAUGUUGAGGUUCCUCAUAGUAAUCACUCGUCGAGGAAUCACAGUCUUAGUAUUGACAUUCGGGUGCCGGAUCGGAGGGAGAGUGUCCAGAGGCAUUCUCUUGGGCAGGAUCCGAAGGUUGUGCAGUUGGUUAUUGAUCCGAGGGAUCAUCUCAUUGAGGCUGAUAUCAGGGUUCAGGAGAUUGCUGCUCGGGCUCGGGAGCACAGUUUUAGUCUUGAUCCUAAUGUUGGGGUACGAGAGGAGAGACCGAGAGGGCAUAGUUUGAGGGAGGAUGAGAUUGUUGAUGUUGAUUUGGAGGAGGCGGCCGAGGUUGAGAGGGUAGAGGGAGAGCAUGGUUUGAAGGAGGAUGUCAAGGUUGGUGAUAAGGGGUUGGAUCUGAAGGAGCAUGGGCUUGGAGGGGACCAGAGGGUGGAUUCACCGGUUCACAAGGCCAGGGAGCACACCAUUUCCAGAGACAGCUGGGUGCCGACUCCGACUUCGAGGGCUUUUGCUCAUGGGAUUCAUCUUGACGAGAAGGUGCCUGUGCCGGAACUGCAGAGGCUGAAUGUCGAGCAUGAUCUGAGUCAGGAUCGGAAGGUUUUGACACCGAGCCCGGGGCGGGAGUAUCAACAGCAUGAUUUACGUGCCGAUCUUCAGGUCAAGAGUCCUGCGCCUUCUCCAGUGAAGGGGCACGAGAUGGGGCAUGAUGUGCGGGUUAUGGAGAGUUGGGCUGAUCAGUUGAGGGUGAAGGAGCAUACGAUUGGGGAGGAUGAGAGGGUUGCUUCUCCUGCCCCUGGGAAGAGGAGGGCGCCGGAGCAUUUGCUGGCGGAGGAUGCCAAAGUGGGCCAGAGGGCGCAUCAGUUGUUGGAGCACUUUUUGGAGGAUGAUAGGAAGACUAUUCGGGGGAGCAGUCGGGGGAGUAAUCGGAAGGAGAAUGGAAAUGGGAAGUAAAGUCGUGGAAAAAAGGGGAAUGGGGGAGGAAAGAGGUUGGAUGAUGAUGAUGAAUCCUAGAGACAAGCUUUGGCUGGAUGAGACGGAUGAUGUGGUAAUCGCUAAUGAAAUCCUAGCAAUGGACGAGUAGGGAUAGAAUUGUAGUGUUUGUGAUUACAGAUAUAUUUUGCUUCUGGGUUUGGGUGACGCCUUUUG